AUGUUAUUUAUUCUUAAUAAAACAGGUAUUGUUGUCUCUAAGCCAGACCUGAUCACCCGUCUGGAGCAAGGAGAAAAACCUUUGACUAUGAAGAGACAUGAGAUGGUAGCCAAGCCCCCAGUUAUGUGUUCUCAUUUUGCCCAAGACCUUUGGCCAGAGCAGAACAUAAAAGAUUCUUUCCAAAAAAUACCGAGAAGAUAUGAAAAACGUGGACAUGGAAAUGUACAGUUAAUAAAAUGGUGUGAAAGUGUGGAUGAGUGUAAGGUGCACACAGGAGGUUAUAAUGGACUUAACCACUGUUGUACAACUACCCAGAGCAAAAUGUUUCAAUGUGAUAAAUACAGGAAAGUCUUUCAUAAAUUUUCAAAUUCAAACAGACAUAAGAUAAGACAUACUGAAAAAAAACCUUUCAAAUGCAUAGAAUGUGGCAAAGCUUUUAACCUGUUCUCAACCCUUACUAGACAUAAGAGAAUUCAUACUGGAGAGAAACCCUACAUUUGUGAAGAAUGUGGCAAAGCCUUUAAGUACUCCUCUACCCUUACUACACAUAAGAGAAUUCAUACUGGAGAGAAACCA